AUGUAUCUCAUGGUCGCCACACGUCCGGAUCUAGCUGCUGCAGUGGGAUCAUUAUCCCAGUUCUCGUCCGACCCAUGCCCGACUCACUGGCAAGCUUUGAAGCGUGUGCUGAGAUACCUGCAAGCAACGCCCAAUCAUGGUCUUGAGUUUACACGUGAAGAAGGAAGCCGUAUCUGCGGGUACACCGACGCAGACUGGGCCGGCGACAUUGAGUCAAGACGAAGUACAAGCGGCUAUGUGUUCAUGAUGAGCGGAGGAUGCAUCAGCUGGAAAAGCCAGAAACAACGGACGGUCGCGCUAUCUUCAACAGAAGCAGAAUACAUGGCGCUUUCCGAAGCAACCAAAGAAGCAGUAUGGCUCAAGGUGCUUUUGGGGGAACUUGGUGAGAUGACAAGCGACGAAGCGAUCAAGAUGUAUGAAGACAACCAAGGAUCAAUCGCUCUCGCCAAGAACCCGGAGUUCCAUAAGAGAACAAAACACAUCGACAUACGCUACCAUUUUGUGCGUGAGAAGGUGGAAUCAGGUGAAGUCGUUUUGGAGUAUUGCCCGACUCAAGAUAUGCUGGCAGACAUGAUGACCAAGCCGAUCGCCGCUGUACAAUUUGAAAACAUUCGCGAUCGACUUGGGAUCCAAGGUGCCGCAGCUAACGAGUCGAGAGGGAGUGUUGAAAAGACAGCGGCUGUGAAGAAGACACCUCGUCAAGCUGCGUCAAGUGUUGAAGCAAGUGGAAGACCAAGCUUCGCUAUACCGGUGGGUACCGGUAUGUACCAGUAA